CUGAAACACUCUAUACCGAAUCCAAGUUCUGUAUUUCCUUCUCUUUUCCAAUUGUUUGAGCGUGAAUUUUUGCAUUAAUGAAGUCUGAAACCUAUGAUAAGGGGAUAUCUGUUGAUGACUGGAAAAUACUGGUAAAGUGGUAAUAGGCAAAGAAGUGAAGAAUCACAAUUGGUUUGGAGGCCCAUCGCAUUGAGGCAAGUAGAAAAUUGACCCGCCCAAGUGGAGAUUCAAGUCGGGUACCGAACGUGCGACUAUAAAGGGAAUGAACGUGGACACCCCACGCUUUCUUCACGGCAACAGAAGAAUAAUCAAAUUUCUCAGAUCUAUCCGACGUCGUCGCAGAUCCACCAACCGUUAUGGCUGCCUUCAGCGGUGAUGAAACGGCUCCGUUUUUCGGCUUCCUUGGAGCCGCAGCUGCCCUCGUCUUCUCCUGUAUGGGAGCUGCCUAUGGCACAGCAAAGAGUGGUGUGGGCGUGGCUUCCAUGGGUGUGAUGAGACCUGAGCUGGUGAUGAAGUCUAUUGUCCCUGUUGUCAUGGCUGGAGUUUUGGGUAUUUAUGGCCUUAUUAUUGCUGUUAUUAUCAGUACCGGUAUUAAUCCAAAGGCCAAAUCUUAUUACCUCUUUGAUGGUUAUGCACAUCUCUCCUCUGGUCUUGCCUGUGGCUUGGCUGGCCUUUCUGCUGGCAUGGCUAUUGGUAUUGUCGGUGAUGCUGGUGUUAGAGCCAAUGCACAGCAGCCAAAACUUUUUGUUGGAAUGAUUCUCAUCCUCAUUUUUGCUGAAGCUCUUGCCCUUUAUGGUCUAAUCGUUGGUAUUAUCCUGUCUUCUCGUGCUGGCCAGUCUAGAGCUGACUAAGAAAGGAGUUGUGCUGCAAAAUAUUCUUUGACCACCCAUCUGUUUUAACCUCUUUUUAGAGGGGGUGAGGGAGGUAAUUAUUAGUUUUUCCGAGCUUAGCAAUGUUCAGGCAGCAUUUUCAGGCUUUAGCAAUUGUGUGAAAGUUCAAUUUACCAUUUGUGGUGUUUGUUUGUGUAAUUAGGUUUAUGUUUACUUAAUAAAGCUUCUUAAGCUUCCUCUUUUUGUUUUUUUACUUUAUUGAUUGUAUUUUGCCAUAUCUUCUGACCUUUAUAUAUAUUUUUUGGGCUGCUGAAACUGGUGCAUGUAAUGAUUUGAUUUGGCUAGCAAUGCAACGUAUUUCAUGGGUCUUUCCAUGUUGGAUGUUGGUAA